ACCCCAACGUCCUCCAGUUUUCUGCUCUUGUACUCCUGUCCCUUACCCCAGAGAAACUGUCCCUAGGGGAGAAUGCCUUCCCACAGACUCAGACAAUAGUUUCAGCUUAAUAAAUGCUCAUUAGACAAGGUCCCCCACCCCGCUGGCCACCACGGCGUCCCUGCCUGUAAAUCUCCCAGCCACAUCUCGCCCCACCCCACCUCAGUGCAGCCCUAGACCCAGGUGAGGCUGGGAGCUUAUAAAUUCAGGCAUUCUGGUUUCUGCUCCUCUUCUGGCUCCGAGCUGCCCUCGAUGCUGCUGGAGGACCUGAAUGGGAUUUCAGCCGAGCCCGUCCCUCCUCCACAAUGUGGCUUGUGCUCACCUCCUUCUUGCUGAUGUCUGCGGCCCAGGACAACGACGAAGAGUGCGUGCCCCACUCCCAGCCGUGGCAAGUGGCCCUCUUCGCUGGUGGACGCUUCAACUGCGGGGCGUCCCUCAUCUCCUUCCAAUGGGUGCUGACGGCUGCCCACUGCCGGACCCGCUUCAUGAGAGUGCGCCUGGGCGAGCACAACCUGCGCAAGCGCGAUGGCCCGGAGCAGCUGCGGCUUGUUUCUCGCAUCAUCCCACAUCCGGGCUACGAAGCUCGAAGCCACCGCCAUGACAUCAUGCUGCUCCAGCUAGCUCGGCCUGCACGUCUUACCCGCCAGGUGCGACCCGUGCCUCUGCCCACACGUUGCCCGCACCCUGGUGAGCCCUGUGUGGUGUCCGGCUGGGGUCUGGUGUCCGACAACAAGCCAGAGACCACGGGAAGCUCCAAAUCACAAGUGACCCUCCCAGAUACCCUGCACUGUGCCAACAUCAGCGUUAUCUCCCAAGCAUCUUGUAGCAAGGACUACCCGGGGCGCCUGAUGGACACCAUGGUGUGUGCCACCGUGGAGGGCGGAGGCACGGACUCCUGUGAGGGUGACUCUGGAGGCCCCCUGGUCUGUGAAGGUGCCCUGCAGGGCAUUGUGUCCUGGGGCGACGUCCCUUGUGAUACCACCACCAAGGCUGGUGUCUACACCAAAGUGUGCCGCUACUUGCAGUGGAUCAGGGAGACCAUGAAGACCUAA